AUGUCUGUUUCCGCUCAGAAUGAAAGAGAGUUUGCUUCUAAAUUCUUGCAACUCAUUGGUUUAUCAGCAGAUGCCAAGUCUGAUCAAUUUUAUUCGACAGCAGAUUAUCAUAAGUUGUCCUCUUUAGGUCCAUCUUUGCCUAAAAUUAAGGUUACAUUGCCAAAAGGCAAAUCAGCACAAACUAAUACAACAGAGAAUACCACUGAAGUGUCUUUGAAGUCUAUAAAACCACCAUUCAAGUUUUCUACUCAAUUGUCAAAAGUGCCAGUUUCUCACACAAUUUACAAAAUGAAAUCUGACUUGAUUGAGUCAUUGCCGUUAUUGAAGGACGCUAAUGUAAAACCUACUCAUUUGAAAUUGCUAGUAAAGGGUAAGGUCAUUCAAGACACAGCAUCAUUGGUUUCUUUGGUUAAUGAAGGUCAAGCUAUAUCAUUCAUGUGUAUGGUAAACCAACCAACAUCAGAGCCAGAUAACACAGCAGAUCCUACAGAUGACAAGAUUGAGGACGUCAUACCUGUUGAUGUCAGCAAUAAUUCUCUAGUCGUAUCGGAAGAUACUUGGGCUAAAAUAUAUAAGGUUUUGGUAGAAGACCUUGGUAGCGAAGACUUGGCUAACAAAGCAUUAGCGAAAUUAAAAAGUGGUUUUAAAUGA